AUGGCUGCGAUUGGGACAUCGAUUGGAGUUGAGACGACUGGAUUGGAGGCAAUAAAUAUGGAUGUGGCUUUGACGACGGUUGUGGCGUUAGGUAUUAAGACGGGACUUGUUGUUGGACAAAUGUUUGCGGCUGAUGCAGCUGUCAACGUUCAAGAGAAUUGUGCCGACCAAAACUUUCAUAUCGUUCAUCAAGAGGUUGCUGUUGUUGAGAGGAUUCUAGCGAUUGAGACUGUGAUGGUUGUUGUUAUGGGGCAUUUGAGUGACUAUCUUGAGAAGGUGGAUUAUUUGGCGGUAUAUAGCGUGGUGGAAAGCCUAUGUAAUCGCUUUGAGUAUUGCCAUGUUCGUCGUAAGAGUUACCAUCAUGACCGUGCAUGA